AAGGUUUGAAAGUUUGGGUGUUUUCGCAACUGAUCACAACCGUCGAUCUAUAUACCAAAGGAAGUUCUUCGAUGUACUCUCCCUAGACUGUUCUCAAUUUUUCGCCGGCGGCGAGGAUGCUACAGCAUCAGAUCGGUCAAUCUCCGGCGAGACUAGGGCUAACAGGCCCUGGCUCUCCUUCCGUACAAAACCUAACGCCUUCUCGUCAUGGCCAUCCAACCUCCUCUUCCUCCUCCCAAUCUCACCACCAACAACAACAGAUCCAACAACCUCCUAACCUACCACCUUCCUCCGCCGCAGCCUCAUCCUCAUCCUCGGCGGCUGUUUCCUCGUCCGCUUUGCUAUCACUCCUUCCGCCGCUUCCCCGAGCGCAGGCUCUUCUCCAGCAGAUGGCGGUUUUAUCAUCCAAGCUCUUCGACGUCUCUCCUAAUCGCGCGCUCUGGCUCUCCGCCUUCCGCGGCUCCCUCCCUUCGUUCCUCACCUCGCACUCGCUCCCGCCGCCUCCGCCGCUCGAAAUCCCUAAUCCUUCGUCCACCAAGGAGAUCCUCUCUCAGUUCAAUUCCCUCCAGAUGCAGCUCUUCGAAGCCGUCACGGAGCUUCAAGAGAUCCUAGAUCUCCAGGACGCGAAGCAGAAGCUCGCGCGUGAGAUCAAAUCCAAAGACUCGUCUCUCCUCGCCUUCGCCAACAAGCUCAAGGAAGCUGAACGUGUUCUCGAUAUGCUCGUUGACGAUUACGCCGAUUACCGCAAACCAAAACGAACCAAAACUGAAGACGAAGAGAAUGACAAUGAGUCUUCUCCCUCUGUUACCACCACAGUCUCUUCUCAGCUCAAGCUUAAGGACAUCUUAGCCUACGCUCACAAGAUCAGCUACACAACAUUCGCUCCUCCUGAGUUCGGCGCAGGGCAAGCGCCUCUCCGUGGCGCAUUGCCACCAGCUCCACAAGACGAGCAAAUGAGAGCUUCUCAGCUCUACGCCUUCGCUGAUCUCGACAUUGGUCUACCUAAAACCGUGGAGAACAUCGAGAAGAAGGUUGAAGCACUCAUGGAGCCACCACCUCCACCAGAAAGCAUGAAUCUUUCUGCGAUUCAGGGCCUGCUUCCACCGAAUAUCGCAGUUCCUUCGGGAUGGAAACCGGGAAUGCCGGUGGAACUGCCGAAAGAUUGGCGCUUGCCGGCUCCGCCUCCUGGAUGGAAGCCAGGAGACCCUGUUGUGUUACCGCCUGAGUUGGUUCCCGCGCCUAGAGCACAGGAGCAGCAACAGAUGCGGCCUCCUCAGGGACUUCACAGGCCGCCUGAUGUCAUACAUGUCCGAGAGGUUCAGCUUGACAUUAUGGAGGAUGAUAGCAGUGAAUACAGCAGCGAGGAGAGUUCAGACGACGAGGAAUAAUCAAACACUAUGAUUCUCGAUAUAAAGGUAAUGGUUAUCCUAUGUUACUGAUAGUUCUUGAUUAAAGUUUGUGUGACUGAUGUAAAAUGUUCUACUUGCUACUCUAGAGGCUUUUCGCACCAAAAUAUGGAUUCGAAUUCUGUUUACAGAAAGAGUUGUUGCAUCUUUUUCUAGAGAGCCAGUGUUUAGCGUGUUUCUAAUAAAAGUUCUAACUUUCAUGAAA